GAUAUUGUUCGUAUCACAGAAAAAAGUGUUACAUCUGCUUUGAAGCUAUUUAUAAUUAUUUUAUUAUCCCUAAAAUAACGUUCAUAAAAAAUAUUAGUGAUUAUUGGUUGUGUGUGAUGAUGGUGUUUGAGUACGUAAAGUUCUGGCCGAAGAUAAUACGACCAAAAACCACCCAUCUGUGAUGACGGUAGUAUAACCGUUAUUUUAGAGAGAGAAAAUACUGUUUCGAAAGAGUAAGUGCCGUGAGUGAGUGAAUGAGUAAUUGUUAGUAGUUACUUAGUGGAAGAAUUGUUGUACAACAAAUGGCAAAUCCAUUAACAACAACAGAAGAAGCAAAAAGUUGAAAACAAAAAUAAAAACAAAUUAAAUAAAAUAGUAUCAGAAGUUGUGUACUCAAACAAUUUAAAAUAAAACGUGUAAAACGAAGAUAUUCCAACAAAAAGAAAAAAAAAAACAAAAUAUAUUAAUUUAUAAAAUAAUUUGUAACAUUCAUACACAUGUUCUAAGUAAGUACACAACAAUCAUGAUAAAAAUAUUGUUAUUGGAUUGCCUUUAAAAUACAAUGGAUGAUCAUUUGCAUGGCCAACAUGAAAUAACAGGUGAAUUGCAACACCAGGAUGGCUCGGCUUCAAUUUAUGAAUCAGUUGGCGGCAACAGCAAUAGGACAUCAAAAACAAUUAUGUCGAAUUUAGGCGUCAUCGACAAAAAAUGCUCACAUCAACGCCAAACUUGUCAGGAUGAACAAAAUUUACAUUUAGGUGACAAAGUGCCCUUAAGUGGUUCAAAUAUUGAAAGUUUACGCCGAAGAUCACCAGAAUCGGUUCCCAAAAGCACAAGAUCAAUGCACGCACAUAUGGAUGAUGUUGAUAACACAUCAUCUAACAUUGAACAACAUGACGACAAUGACAAAAAUGAUUCAGUGGAACAGUUACGAAAUGGUUGUGAUAAAACUUCUUUUGACCAAAAUCAAGACAUUUAUGUACUUCCUGGGCAAUUAGAAGACAUAAAAUUGAAUCAGGCCUUUUCCGAUGAAGUUUUAAAAGAAAAUGUGCCUGAAAAAUCUAGAACCAACAAAACAGAUUAUAUUAAUUCGUCACCGUCUACGUACAAAACUAAUUCCACUUUUACAUCUUGUGAUUCUUCCGCUGUGAUUCCUUUAGCUGGCCUAAACACUACCAAAGCAAGAGACUCGGACGAAUAUAAACCGGAAAAAGACAAAAAAGAGCCAUGCAUUAAGCAAAGGCUGGAUGAAGACGCUGAAAUUCGAGGUAAAAAUAUAGCACAUUGUUUUACUAAUAAGAACACGGAUGCCGUUCAAGUGUCUAACUCUAGUAUUAGUACUCCGGCAAUCAAUAAUCAAAUGACAUUAAAACAUGCAUGUCAAUCCCCAUAUAUAACCGUUCUACCAUUGCAUGCUUGCAAUACAUUUAACCAUUUUCAUCACAACCACCUCCACAUCCACCACCAUCACAACCACAGCCAUAAUAAUUACCAAUCUGAAAGUGAAAAUUUUGCUAACGAAUUAACCAAUGCUUUGUCCUCUCGAUUGCUUUUUCAAAUAACAAAUACAAAUAACUCCUCCUAUUGCACUAAUUCAGCUUCAAAGAGCCAAAGUAAAAGACAGUCCUCAUUUUUAAAAUCCCAAUCGCUUGAAAUUGUACAAGAUUCACCAUCCAUUCUUUACCCUGAAACAGACGAUGAUGAUGAGCAUAUAUUUUUUCAACUGCCAGAAAUUGAUGAGCACAACCUUCUAUAUAAACAAAAUCAGAGGGAAAGUCAUCAUUCCAAAGACCAUAGGCAGAAGAGUUCACAAUUGUCAAAUCAUGAAGAUGAACUUGGUACUCGCUCGAGGAAAGCAAAUACUGAUGUUAUUGAUCCAACGUAUCACAAUGAUGAUGAUGAAAACAUUGACGAUGAAGGUGUUGUGAUUACUAGAUCAUCGUCAUUAUCAUCACAAAAGACUGGAAUAGCUUUAAAAUCUCAAUCCCUAGAAUCUCGACCCAUAUAUCCGAAUGUCCCAUAUAGUCCGUAUGCUAGCCCGUACAGUAGUCCUAGGUCAAACAGACGAAGACCACCACUGCGAGAGUCAAGGCGUAUUUCAAUUGAGCAAAGCGGCAGUUUUCUUCAAUUGAAUCAAUACAAAUUAAUGGAUCAAAUAGGACAGGGUUCUUAUGGUCUCGUUAAAUUGGCUUACUCAGAAGAAGAUUCAACUCACUAUGCCAUGAAAAUACUUUCAAAACGUCGUUUAUUACGUCAAGCAGGUCUUAUGAAACGAGGUCCAAAAAAAAGUACAUCGCCCUUAGAUCGAGUUUAUCGAGAGAUUGCCGUCUUAAAGAAAUUAGACCACCCGAAUGUGGUUAAACUUGUUGAAGUGCUUGAUGAUCCUGUAGAGGACUCUCUUUAUAUGGUCUUUGAACUUGUUAAACAAGGCGAAGUAUUGAGUGUUCCCACAAAAAAUCCACUAACUGAGGAAAGAUCUUGGAGUGUUUUCCGUGAUACCCUUUUGGGCUUAGAGUAUCUACACUACCAGCGAAUCAUUCAUGCCGAUAUAAAGCCUGGAAAUCUAUUAUUAACUGAGUGCGGUCGAGUUAAAAUAGCCGAUUUAGGUGUUUGCAAUGAAUUCAUCGGAGAGGAUGCUACAAUGACUAAUUGUUCAACAGCUGGAACACCAGCAUUUAGGCCACCAGAAUCUUUAAACGUUGGGCAGAAUAUGUAUUGUGGUAAAGCUGCUGAUAUAUGGGCAUUGGGGGCAACACUUUAUGCAUUAGUUUAUGGCAACGUACCUUUUGAAGCACCGUCAGUUCCAGCUUUAUAUGAAAAAAUUAAAAAUGAAGAACUAUCAUUUCCAGAAAAUCCAAAGACUUCAGUUGAACUAAGAGACUGCAUUCAAUGUAUGUUAAAAAAGGAUCCAGCAGAUCGUAUAACUUUGCCACAAUUAAAGGAACACGUUUGGGUGACUGCUGGUGGCCUACAUCCAUUGCCCAGUGAGGAGGAAAACUGUCGAUUAGUUCAAGUUAAUGAUGAUGAUAUUAAUUCCGUGGUACGCAGCAUUCCCAAGUUAGAUACUUUGAUUUUAAUCAAAACAAUGCUAAAAAAACAUUCCUUUGGUAAUCCAUUCUCACGUGGAAUAUCGGGUCGAGCCCCACAGCGUGGAGGUUCACGUUUAGAAAGAUUUAUACGCGCGGGACGUUCUAAUUCAGCACCUGGAUCCUAUAAUAUGAUUGUUGACAGGCAACUUUCUGGUGAUAAUAUACUUCCAGCUCUUUCUGAGCAUUCUCCUUCAAAUUGCACAAAUGAAGAAUCCCAAUAAAAGCAAAACAGUAACUUAUUAUAUUAAUAGAAACACAAAUUAAAGUUAUUUAUAAAUAUAAAAUAUUAUAAUUAUAGAAAAUGCACAAUUCUAAAUAAAAAUACAAAACAAUUGCUUUUCUCGAAUAAUUAAUAUAAAUAAGUACGUAACAGUAGCAUUAUAUAUUACAACAAACACUAUCAGAUAUAGUAUGUAUUAUAUUUAGUCGAAAUUAUGCAAUAGAUCCUUAAUAUUUUAAAUCAAUUGUCCAAUUCACAAUCGGUAUCGAUGUAGGUACAUACAUACACAUGUAUGUAUGUUGCACAAAUUUUAAAUAGUUUUGUUUUAUAUUUAGUUAUUUUAAUAUAAAGCGAUACGACAUAGAUUGUAAAUUGGACAAAUAUGUAUGGGCCUUUUACAAUCCAAAUACUUUUUAUUUAUAUCCUUAAUAUCUGAACACUUAUUUAGGUCCAUUUAAGGAAACUUUUGAACAAAUAUGUAUCUUGACUUGCUUUAAAAAAACAUUUAGAAUUUCAGCAGCUUUAACCAAGCUUAGCAACAUUACAAUUUGAAAAUCGGGAACAUUUUUUUUAGAAAAUCAUGUAAUAAUAACCCGAUGGCAAGUAAAUGUUCUUUAAUUAAGAAUCACCUUUCAAUUUCUCGGUACUCACGGAACCACGACGGAGAGAUUGAUUGUUGUUUUCUAACAAAAUAGUCUCUAGCUGGAUGGCUCAUUUCGGCCAAAAGUAACCGCUCUUUAGUUUAAUCUAACAGCAAGUUAAGCCACGUUUAACUGAGUAGUAAGAAACCCGCCCUAAGUUAUACUACAAAGAAAUUAAAAAUCGUGUUACAUCCAUCAAAUAUUUGGGAAAAAAGACAAAACCACUAUUUUUUGUAAAUGUUGUUUUUUUUGAUCUUAUAUAAUUUUUGUAAUUGCAACUAAUGUCAAAGAAAUAAUUAAGCAGUUCUAAACAUAUGUAUAUUUAAAGGAAAUCAAAAUAUCUAUUUUUACCGGUAACGUCUUUUCAUAAAAUAUUUGAUAGGUGUGAACGUAGCUUAACAGUGUAUUUAGAUAAAAUUUCAAAUGAAAAAACUAUCAGAGUCAAAGAAUAUUAAACUCUAAAUGUAUUUAUGAACAAUGAAUCUGGUUUCAAAAAAUGCCGUUCAAAAGAACAUUUACAAGUUUUUAUUUCUAAGAAAGGAUGUCAAAUUUAAUCAAAUUAUUAACGAACAAGGUUCGACCCAUUAUCGUACAUUUUUUUAUAUAGUCUUUAGUAUAGAUUACGAAAAUUAUUUUUGGGACCAUUUGAAACAACAAAAAAAAAACAAGAAUUACCUUAAUCUUACAUUGAUACAUUUAGAAAAAAGAUAAUUAAUUAAUAUAUAUAAAUAAAAAUAUAAUUUUUAUGUAAGAAAUUUAUUGCAUGCAUUCAAUUUACAUGUCAUACAUACAUGGAUCAUUUCAUAAAUUUAUUUUAAAUCAAAUCAAAUUUAUUAUUAAUUAAAAUAAAAUAAAAAAUUAUAAAUAUAACAAAGCAUCUCAAAAGCGAACAUAAUUUUAAUAAACAUUUAGCUUAAAAUAUUAUUAAUUAUAAUGAGUAAAACCAACAAAAAUAUUUUAAAAAUAUUUAUAUUAAACAUACUGUAAGUAUGUAUGUAUACAUACUACAUACAUUUGGAUUAAUAAAAUAUAUGUAUGUAUGAACACAAUUGCUACAUUGAAAAUACAUAAGUACAUACAUACAUACAUACAUAUAUACAUACAUAAUAUGUAUGUAUGUUAAUUAGAGUGGCCCGAGGAACAACCUUUUUAAGAAUCUCAUUUAUGAACACCACUCAAUCGAUAAAAAAAAUAAUUUUUCGAAACGGUCCUCAGUUUCCUACCAGCGCACAUGCCACAAAAGUCAAAAUAAAAAUAUUCAAUAUUAUUUUUACAUAUAAGAGAUCUAAGACUUCCAGCAGCAUUGAAAUAUCGGAAAAAAUCCGAUGAAUUGUUCGCCCAUAGAGAAAUUUAACUUUUUUUUAAAAGUUCCAAUUUCAAAAUUAAAUUUUUCUAGUUACUAAUAUAGGUCAAAUAAUAUUAUGUGUACAAAAGCAAUUAACUUAUAUUUGGAAUUAGAAAUUUACACGAAUUAAAGUUGCAUAUAAAGUGUAUUAAACAAGGAUUAAAAAUUAUUGAAUUUGUAUGCAAAAUAUUUUUAUCAAGUGAUACUUUUUUAUAUUUUUAUGACGCAACUAAUAUAUACUUAAUUUUUAAUGCAACGCAUCUUUUGAAAUUGGUCCGUUGUGGUCGUCGGCCAAUAUAAGGAACAUCCGGUCAUAUCUGUAGUAUGAAUUUCUAAAGCUAACUUUUGCGGCCAUUUGCGAUCCCGAAAAUUUUAAAAGGGGACAUUUUCAGCCUUUAUUGGUCAAAUAUUUAAAGAUAUUUUAAAUCUAUUGCACAUACCUGACAUAAACUUAGUUAUAACCCUACAAAAAAUGUGAGCGGUAAUAUCAUUGCCACUCCCACCUUAUUUGCUGGUUUUUAUUUAUGUUCGAUCACUGUUUAAAGCAAAGGUUUACUAAAAUCAGCAUUUAACUUAACAAAUAUAAUAAAAAAUAUACUAUAAUGUUAAAAAUAAUCUACUAUUAUUAUUAAAAUUUUAAAUAUUUGUAUACAUUAAACGGUUUUACUAAAUAAUUAACAAAAUAUUAGCGAAAUGUCACGGAAUUUUUUAACCCAAUUUCAAAAAGAUUGCAGAAUUUUUUUUUUUUAAUAUUGUACUGAGAUCCAGAAUUUCAAUCGCUGGUAUGAAACUGAGGCCCUUUUUUAUAGUAUAUUUCUCGUAUUUAGUACAUUAAUACGCAUCGUAUGAGAGGUGUUUCUACAAAAAAUGGUCCACGGGACACCCUAAUGUACAUUUACUUAUUUACAUUAGACCUGUUAACUGACUUACUUACCUCCUAGACAUGAAGUUUGAUUUAGUAUCAGAUAUCAGAUGGUUUUUACCAAACUAAAAAAUAUACUCCUUUAAAAUAAAAAGCCCAACAAAAAAAUAGAAGAAAUUAAAAAAAUAAAUAAAUAAAUAAGUUCUAUCCUUUUUAUUCAUAAA